GCACCAUCAGGCUCGAAAGUAAGGACACCCAGUUUGGCCUUGUUGGCUCUGUACGAUUAACAGUUGGAAACUGUCGACGGUCAACUUUUAACCUUGAAAAGGUUCCUCCAAACUCACCCCUUGAAGGGACACUGCUGGUACAGUUGAUGCUGAGACCUGAACAUCACCAUGAGCUUCGAGGAUUCCUGUCCAUGUUUGAAGAAGUCGGAGGAUUUGGUGCCUGGCACAGGCGUUGGUGUGUGCUUGCUGAGAACAGACUGUCCUACUGGCGCUACCCUGAAGAUGAAGGCAGCAAGGAACCAGUAGGUCGAUUGGAGUUGAGCCAGUGCACCAGUCCAGAGGCACGUCUAGCAUCACGUGAUGUAUGUGCACGACCUCACACAAUAGUUUUGCACAUAAAUGGCAAGGACCACCUGCUUUCUGCUGACACAAGGGAGGAAAGGCAGAACUGGUGCUCUGGCCUGACAAGUGUUUUGAAGAGCUUGCGUACCUGGGCAGGCAUGGGAAACAACUGAUAUUUGGGCACUUUUACUGCUUCCUGAUCAUGUUGCCACCUGCAUGCAAUCUGGCCAACUGAAGUGCUUUCCUGGUCCUUAGUCAGCUCUCCUACAACCUGCCACAGUGCAUGCUGUCACUGUCUACAAGCUUGUACAUUGUGUGUGCUCAUCAUGCAGGUGCCAGCAUUGAUUUUAGCAAUAGUAUUCUAGAGAAGGCUUGCUUAUUGCAUGCUAUAUCAUAAUUUGCUGCUGCAUUACUGGUUUGCAGGUGCCAUUUGCAUUUACUUUUUUUUGUCUGAAAUGAAUCACAUGGUAGACCUGGAAAAAAAAAAACUGCUAACGUUUACUGAAUAUUUGCAAGAUAUGUUUGAAGUAUCUAUUAAGUUAAAUAUGACAGUUUUUUUAUAAAGCAAGGCAUGACUGUAACUGUUAUUACAAUUUGUUAUGCUUUUUCAGGUGGCUUUAAAACCUGAAAACAUUUUGGUUGUGUGUGGAUGAUCGUGCUAAUCUGGCUUCAAGAUUUUGUAGUUGACAUUAGAGUCUUUUGCGUCCCUCUCACUCCUGAUUUUAUGUUCAUGCUGUUUUCAUCUUACAGAAGAUAAGGAUUUAUCCUGCGUUUAGCUUUUAUUAGCUGCAUGCACUGUCCUGUAAGCAUGCAGUCGUGCAUGAUUUACGCAGUUCUUUCACUAUAUUUUACUAACUCACAUGGGCUUUCUUAUUAGAAAACAGAAACAAAAGUUGUUUCACUGCGUUUUUCUCUUUCAAUCUGAUGCUGUUUUUAUUACUUGUGGACAAAAAUUCUUGUACUUGAUUUACUCAAUCUCAGCCAUAUUUUGCUUGCACAUCUACAACUAUGUGUAAAAUGCAAGUAUUUAGGCUUUAUUGUAAUUUGCAGCAAUUUGGUCAUAUGGGUUUUAGGAAACCGAUUAGUUCUAAAUAACUAAAGUUGAUAUUAAAAAAUAUCUCUAAAUAAUAAAUCUAGACGAAUAGCUUUUCAGCUUAUUUGCAAUUAUGUUUGUAAGGAGUAAUAUAGGCUGUUUUAUAACACUUUCGUGGGCCUGGUUUGAAGCCCAAACCUUGCACAAGAAAAGCGAGAUAAGAUAUUGAGAAACUGAAAUUACAUUUGAAAAUAGGAUAAUAAAGCUUUAUAUUGUGCAUAAAUUCCAUCCUAUUUAUUCCAUCAAAAUUGACGAAAGUAGAUCUCUGAGACACAUCUCCCCUUAGUGUGUUAGAGAGCUAAAAUAUUUAAGCACCACAAGAACAAAUGUCACCAUUGUGUAUUCGUAGAUAAAGUGGAAUUUUAGUUUGCAUCAGGAGCAGCACAUCUUGACAUAUGGUAUCCUGCUUACAGUGUGCUAAAUACAAGAUACUAAUGCUGCUACUCGUUCAUUUUUGUGUGGAUUAUAUAGUUGCAAAAGUUACUUCUUUUGCCAUUGUGUGAUUUGUCUUUUGUCCACAAACUCAUUCAUAACUGUGUUAUGUAAGUGGUUGAAGAAAGUGAUUUUUAAUGUUUAAAGAAGAAAGGAUUUCAAUAAUAGUGCGAUCUACUGUUAAAGGGAACACACAAGCACUUUGUCAUCAAAUUUUCCUCAGUUGCUUGAUUGGAGGGGCUUCACUUUGCAGCAGAGUACUUGUGGUAAGUGGCUGUGAGCCUCCUAAAUGCAUUUUGCGCUGCUUCUGGCAGCACCCACAACUGAAGUGUAAAUGUGUCAAUCAUGGCAAUGUAUCCUUUAACAGUUGACUGCACUGUAUGCCACCAAAUGUUUGUCAUGUGCAAAGUCAGCUUUGGCCAACACUUGACAUGCCUCCUUGAGAGGCCUCUUGGUGCUGUUUUAAGAAUCUUGGUAUAAUACCAUGUGUCAUAUUAUGUGUAGUUUUAUGGGAAAUGCCAUGAUGCCAGGCUGCGAUAACAAAGGGGAAAUCCUACAGCUGGUAUGCUUCUGCUGGUUCUGAAAAGAUUCAGUUCAAUUUGCAUGUAACAUAAAAGUGUGUUUGUCUUGCAUAGUCAAGGGUGUAUAUAUUAUAAGCUUUUUAUUUUGCUCUCCUGAAAGGUAGUCUUCUUUGCUUUUACCUUACCUCAAUUUACGUAAAGUUGGUUUAUUGAUGGUGCAGUUACUGUGACAGUAUUUCAGGUGGCACCUGCAUGACAAUUUGUCUUUACUUGAAAUCUGGCCAGCAUUGUGUUAUUUCUGCAAAUAUUAAUGGAUGAUGCAUUGUGAAGAACCUAGCUUACAAGAUUGGGUUCUUCUUACAUGUUCAGUGAACAGUUCGCAAUGCUUGCAGAUGUCCUAAUUCUCAAAUUGUGGUUAGAAUUGAAUAACAUUCAAAAUUUGAUAUUUCACACACUAAAUUCAUUGAGAUAUGCUUGUGUGACAUUUUAUGCACCAUGUUAUUUCAGCAGCGUUAGACUGAUGUACCAUUUCACUACUUUUCUGUGUUUACUGUGCUAGGCAUUUCUGCUGCUUUGGUGGAAAUAUUGGCGCAGCAAAAGAUCAGUGAGCUAUUUUGGCUAUUUGGAGACUGAUUGUUUAUGUUAGUACUGCUGAAUUUCAUUGGAGAAGUAGGAGCAUUAUAAAGCGGCUACCCUCGCCAAACAUAAUUCACUAUAUGGUUUUAUGAUGCAGCACUGUUCACAUCUUUAGAGGCUUGUCUCAAUGUAACACAAGGCUGUGGCCAGUGGUAACUGGCACUUCCUGCUUAUACAUUUUUGUAUUGACAACCUCUAACAGAACAUUCAAUGAAUGGUACUCACUGGGGAAUGCUGGUGUAAUGUUUGUGUUUAUAUCCAUUUAACUUGCCAUUCAAUUUUUUCGCUCCUGUGUGCCACAUAAGGGUAAAUAUGUUAUCUGAUGGCUUUUUACUUUUUCUAUUGCAGUACUUUCUCUUUUCAUAUUAUUCUCGUUGGAAAAUGUUGAAAUCUUUGUAAGAAAAAUGCUCAGUAGAAUUUUUUUAACUUGAUUUCCUUGUCAAAAUAUUGUAUAUGUGGUUGACAGCCACUUGGUCCUUUUGCUUCCCCUCUUGAACUGACUUAACCAUAGUAAGGUAGCAUCAAGUGGCACUUUAGUCCCUCUUGUGCCUUUUUUUUUAAAUUUUUGUAAUCUUUGGUGAAAGACGAAAAAAAUCAGUUUAUUUUUUUAUUUUUUACUACUGGCUGCACUUUAACCUUUUUAAAUAAAUAAAAUAAAUAAAUAUAGAUUUUAAUUGUUUUACUACAUUUGAAGAGAACCUAGACAACACAUAGGGAUGGACAUAUGCUAGUGCAUGCAUGAUGUUUCUAAAUAAUGCUAAUUAUUGAUUGUGCUUCAAUUUGUUUAUUGCUGCCUUAUAGUUGCUUCAUAGUUUGGAAAUGUGUAAGUAACCAUGAUACAUUUUAAAUAUUUUUAACUUGACAGUAAUAACAUCAUUUAGUUGAAGCUGUAUUUAGAAUUGUGUUGAUGCUUGCAUGGUUACUUGUCUUUAUUUGUUGCAUUUGUUUGUAUAUAAACUGAACUACUU